AUGCAGAAGAGCAUAUUGCUGACUAAACCUGACGGCACACAAUCGAACCUACACAGAACCAAGACGGAGACGCCCACCACGGUGGAGUUCGACUCCGAGCAGAUGGAAAGGGGCCACAGGGAAAGAGGUCGUAGCAAGAAGAAGAGAGACGAACGGGACUCGUAUGCAAGCAGCCUGUCGCGGUCGAGAAGCAGAGCCAGCAGAGCCAGCAGUCGCAGCAGGGUGCGGGAGGAAGAGUUUCUCAAGUGGACGGUGUUGAGGCAGGACCCGUCGAUGCGAUUGAAGGUCGCGGACGCCGACUCUGACGAAGAGGAGGAAGGCGAAGGUGGUGACGACGACGACGACGACGAAGACGAUAACAACAACAACAACAACAACAAUGCUGGCGACGACAUGGACGAGGAGGAGUCCGACGAGGAGCAGGUGAGCGACGUCGAGAACGACGCCGAGAUCGACGAGGAAUUCCACUACGACCUGGGCAUGAAAGUGCUGCCCAACUUUUGCACCAGCAUCAACGAAGUGCUGGAGUCCAGCAAGCCCUGGAUAGCCAAGUACGAGAUCAGCAUCCGCGGCCACGAGAACGAAGGCGUGUCCCUGGAGCAGCUCGACGGGGGAUACGUCAGAGCCAUGCAGCUGCUCACCAAGGGCGCCGGCGCAGAGCCCGGCAACCAGAGGUCCUUCAUCCUCUACACGGACCUGAGCAGCGAGUCCACCUAUGCGCUCACGUACCUCAUGGGCGCGGUCGUCAACCAGGGAGACACCCUCUACAUCCUCCAUUGGGAGCCCUCGAAGCCCACGGACGACUCGCAGAUGUUCGCCAACGUCGCCAGGAUCAGAAAGCACGUCAUGCACCUGUUCGACUGCGCCGCGGGCGUUCUCGACGACCUCGACGUCGUCGUUCUCUCGCUGACCCACCCGUACCCAAAGCAUCUCCUCAACGAAAUGAUCCAUGGCCUCAAACCGGUCGCCCUGUGCUGUUCCCUCUCGGUGAUCCUGUCCACCUUGCAGAACUUCGUCUGCUCCGUGCCCAUCCUCGCCGUCAGAAAGAAGCUGAAACGUGCCAAGCGCAAGGGCAUCAGCGAGUGA